AAGGGGGCUGGGCCUUCAGCCUACGUAACAACUGGAGCCUAGGGGUUUAUCAUUAACUCCUUUAAAGAGCAGCACAGCAGCUCGAACAAGCUUGAAGCUCUGGGCAGCUCCUAAUAUGGCAAAUGACAGCACUGAAGAACUGCCAUCCAAGGAGACAUCAGAAGAUGAGGAACAUAUGUAUGAAACUAUAUAUCCUGACAAAGGAGGGCUGAACCACCAAAUGGCUGUGGAUGAGCUCAUCACUACGGAGGCUAACUAUGUACACAACCUUCAGCUUUCCAUUUCUGACAUCCGUGAUCACCUCCAGAAAAAGCAGCUGCCUGAAAUUGACCUGGAAGGAUUGUUCUCUAAUAUAGAUGAUGUCCUGCACCUUUCCAAACAUUUGCUGAAGGGACUUGAAGCUUCUGUGAACCAGGAGCAUGAGCAACUUUUUCAUAUCAGCACCUUAUUCCAAGAGCUCAAAGCAGAAAUGGAGAAUGUCUAUAAGAUUUAUUGUGGAGACUAUGGCCAAGUUCUUCUACUGUUGGAUAUGUAUAGUAAGGAGCCAAGAUUGCAAAAAGAAAUUAUAGAAACCUUGACUACCACUGUACCUCACACUGGUGCUUCGGACCUGAGCUUCUUCCUGGUGAUGCCAGUGCAAAGGAUCACAAAAUACCCACUGCUGCUGCAGAAGAUUUUGGAAAACACUUCAGACACUGACAGUGCCUAUGGAGCCCUUCAGGCUGCAGCCACUGCUAUGGUAGACGUCAAUGCCAAUAUCAAUGAGUACAAAAGGCGGAAGGAAGUAGCAGAUAAAUACAACAAGGCUGGGUAUCUGACUCUGCGAGAACGUCUGGCCCGCCUCAGUACACACUCCAUUGCCAAGAAGACUGCACGGUUGAGCCGCCUCUUCAUGCAUGAAGCUGGAAUUGUGACCAGAACAGAAGAUAAAGAGUUUGAUAAACUGGAAGAAAAGUUUCAGUCACUGGCAUCAGCUAUAAUUGAUCUGAAAGAGAAUAUGGCAUGUUUUCUGGACAAUACAGAGGUGUUCCUUAGUUUUAAACCACAUGAGGAUGAGUUGGAUGUAGAAACAAAUGUUACCCAGCCAUAUUCCCUUGCAAGAAAGCUUCACAGCACCAUCUUUCCUGCCUAUAAGCAAAGGCUUGAGCAUCUUGUAUAUAAACCACUGUGCAACUUGUCAGAGACUUUAAAAGGACCCCACAAACUGAUCAAGAAGCGCUCGGACAAGCUGCUUGACUAUGAGGAAUAUGAGGAGAAGAGGAACGAGACAGGCAGUUUGACCUAUGAGGAGGAGGCUAAAAUGAAUGCCUAUCUUGCCAUUAACUCCUUGCUAGUAUCUGAGCUUCCUACAUUCAACCAUGUGGCCCUGAAGUGGCUGACCUGCAUACUAUGUUCCUUUGUGACUCUUCAAAGGGAUCUGGCCAAACAAGUCCUCCAAGAGGCAGAAGGGGAGAUUGUCCAGCUGCCACACAGACAUCUCUCUGCAACUGAAUUUUUGGAAAUGGUGAUGAAUACUUUAGAACAGGCUGAAAAUCAGCUGUCCUCUCUCCAGAAGAAGUUUGACACUGUUUUACCAAACCCAGUUGCGCAGCCUCUUUGCUCUGCAGAGGAGAAGAAGGCUGUUUUGCUUUUGAACAGACAUGGCCCAGAUAAGUUGUACCAGGUGACAAGCGACAUCAGUGGCUGCAAAGAGAUGGACUUGACUCUGCAGAGGGGGCAGAUAGUGGCUUUUUUGCAUGGCACAGACACCAAGGGCAACACAAACCGAUGGCUGGUAGAUACAGGAGGUCCAAGAGGCUACGUUUCACCUGGAAAGCUGCAACGGUAUCAUUACGUUCCCAACCAAAACUGCAGAACACCAACGUUGCCCCAGAGCAAUACUGCUGGGGAAAUGCAUCCUAGUUACAACUGCCCUCAAACUCCCAAUCCCCCAGUGCAUUUCAGCGCACCAGUUUUACAGGUAAUAGCCGCUUAUGCGUUCACAGCCAGGAGCAAUCAUGAAGUCAGUCUCCAAGCAGGCCAAUCCGUGACUGUGUUGGAACCUUAUGAUAAGAAGGGGAGCAAAGAAUGGUGCUUAGUGGAAGUGAGUGGACAGAGGGGCUAUGUGCCUUCCAGCUACCUGAUGAUGGUGUCAGCUCCACAACCACCUGGAUGGGUUUCGCCUGUUUAUCCAUUUCCAGCUCAGUAAAUACCACUGUUAAGUGAUGCUUGGUUUAGAAGUCAGCCAUGUUUUCAUUGCCUGUCUCUUUCCCUUCCUCUCAUGACAUUCAAAUGGACGGAGAGGCAGAUGAUGGGGCCAGGAGGCCUGCAGAAUGGCGUGAGUUGUAGGAAUGAAUUCGUGCCAUGUAUUUAUUGAAAAAAAUAUGAAGGAAUAUACUAGGUACAUAAGCUACUUACAGUUGUAAUGACGUUUCUUGAUCUAAGGCUGACAAGGGAUCUUCCAAAUGUUGGAAAGAAAGGAUCUUGUAGUAAUCUAGGAUGAUCUCUGCACCAUUAGCAUUGCAGAUAGUCCUCAUUUAGCGACCACAAUUGGGACCAGCAACUUGGUCGUUAAGUGAAGCGAUUGCUAAGUGAAACCACGACUGUGCUUACAGACCUGCAAAGGUUGUAAAUGUGAGGAUUGGUUGCAAAGUUACUGUUUCAUCACUGUCAAAACUGCAGAUGGUUGCUAAACAAGGCAGUCACUAAAUGAAGACUACCUGUAUUUGAUCAAUGCACGGUCUCAAACCAAAGGUUUCUGCAGGACCACCAAAGUGUAACUGUGCUUAGUGCAAUAAGGGCUUAGAAGGGGGAUAUGUCUCUUCCUAACUCAUUUCAGAAUCUUAAUCAAUUUUGCAGCCUACCAUCACAAAGAAGCUCUGAGUCAUAGGCCAGUGGAAGCCCCAUUUUAUUUUCACUGACAUAAUGUCUUCCUUUUGGUUUUAUGAUAGUGAAGAAAUAGCUAAAGAAACCAGCCAAGCAUUUUCGAAUGAGGCAUGGUCCAACUUCCAGAUUACUAAACCCAGUUGUUCUCUUCAGUAACAUAUGAAUCAAAAUAAACUAGACAAAAUGGCUCUGGUGUGGUAUAGGGGAUAAAGUGUUGGGCUAGGACCAGGGAGAGACAGGUUUGAGUCCAUCCUCAGCCACGGAAUCUCAGUGGCUGAUUUUCAGCCAGUUGCUCCCUUGUAGUCCAAUCUACCUCCCAGGGGUUUCGCUACUGGGGAAAGAACGGAAAAGUGAGUGCUAUAUAAGCGACCUUUAGUUCCUAGAAAAAGGUAGUACAUAAAUCUAACAAAUAUUUGCUUUAAGUAGGAUCACCCCACUAGCGACUAAGGAUCACCUAGCCUUUACUGAGGUGAUACGGUGCCUAUUCUCAUUACUGUUGUAUCAGCACAAUGAUGGUUAAAAAACUCUAGAGAUGCUAUAACUCAUUAGUGAAUUAUAUGCAUUGUGAAAUAUUGGAAGCAUAUUCAACUAAAAGAAUAUUGGAAAGCAAAAGUUGAAAGCCUUAUGUUUGGGCGUGAAGUGGUUGUUGCCAACUUUCAGAUGAAAAUGUGGGUUGACAAAAUAUUACUAGAGUUGUGGACGAAGUAAACUGACAGAUUAAAUGUGUAUGCGCCAACUAUUACAACAUGAUUUGUCUGUACUUUUCUCCAAAAAGAGCAAGAAAAUGUGCAUAUGAAAACAGCCUGAGGUUCUUCUUAAGACAGUGAAAAGUCGGUAUACAGGAACUUAUUAUCAACUAAUGUUUUCUCAUUAAAAAUAUUUCCUCCCUCUUCGAGAACUAUAGACGAAAAAUAAUGAGAAGAGCUGCAGCUCCAGAGAUUGAUUUCCAGUGUAAACAGAAUUUACAAUGAGGGGUAGUUGUGUCUCUGAGAUUAACAUGAGGUAUAAUGCAAUUUUUCAGUGCCCUCCAUCAGAGACUAUGCUUAUCUCCCAAAUCCAUGUACCUGUAAUCACAUCAGAAUACUUUUGGCAUCAGCGUAGAAGAUGAAUGCAUAAACUCAUAGGAUGAUGUUAGACAUUUAGCUUCUGCUUCUGACUGAUAAGAUGGCUUACACUGUUUAAAAAUGUAACUAGAUCUCUCCAAGUGUACCUCCUGAAAAAUCCAUGAGUUUGCUCUUUGAUGUACAACAUUUUAUGUGAGAUGGAGAAUAAAAUGAAUGGGUAACAUUAUGUUGUAACUGACUCUUAACAGAA